AUGAUGCGAAAAGGUAGAGGUCUGUCGGAAUAUGAAUGUUUAGAUCUUCGUCAGAACCCUGAAGAUCAGCCGCUUCUCGGGUUCCACUCGGAACCCGACCCUCAUGGACUGGCCAUCAUAAUUUGCACCACCUCGGUAUUGUUUAUUGCCAGUGCAGUCAAUGGCCUAGUCACCCUCAAUAUCACACGAUUUUCAUCCGAAUUCGAUUUAGACCCCGGGGUUGAAUUAUGGCCAAUGUCGAUGUACUAUCUUGCUCAAGGCUGCACAUUCCUGCUGGCAGGAUCUUUAGCAGACAUCCUAGGGAGCAGGAGAGCAUUUUUGUCCGGAUGCUUUCUGCAGACUAUUUGCCAUCUGACUAGCGGAUUGGCCCAGACUGGCGCGCAGCUUAUUACUGUCAGAUUUCUGUCUGGUGUGGCUUACCCAAUGUGUUUCAUUUCUGCAAUGAUCAUUCACAGUGAGAAUCUUUCGAUUGAAAAAUUACGCAAUUUGGCAUUUUCCUGUACGAGUGCAAGUCAAUAUAUUGGCUCUGGGAUAGGCAUUGUCCUGAGUGGAGUACUGGAGACUACUGGUUGGCGAUGGGGCUUCCACUGUGCCACAACUUUGAGCCUAUUUGGGUUUCUCCUAUCAAUUUGGACGAUUCCCCAACACGCCGAUGAACCAAAAUAUAUCCCAUGGACAGAGCUGGUUGAAGAUAUCGAUUGGUCUGGAACUCUGCUGGCUAGCUCAUUGAUGGCGCUCCUGUUCUCUGCCUUGGCUGUCAUCACAAACAAUGUGGCUGACAUUGGGAAAUCGUGUCUCUUCGUUCCUCUUGCGCUUGGUUGGAUCCUCCUUAUUGCUUUCCUGUUUUGGCAAGAUUGCUGGGAAAGAGACAGCAUACAGCGCAUUCAGAAUUCUCUUUGGGCAAAUCGCCAUUUCCUCUCCAUCGUUCUGGUUAUUUUCUUCGUCUACGCAUCUUCUCACUCUACUUCGCAACUUAUGAUCUUCGUAUUCCAACGAGCACAGGGCCUUUCGGUUCAACAAUCAUCUUGGCAAUACUUGGCAGUCCCAAUCACCGGCGCACUAAGCAGUCUGUUCACUGGAUGUUUCUUAUCUCGUGUUGAAGCCACCCAGAUUCUCGUCAUUGCAAUAGUGCUCUCUAGUCUCUCUCCACUCUUCAUGGCUACUUUAAGCCCAGCUUGGCCUUACUGGAAAUGUGCAAUGCCCGCCGUUUUCUUGAAUUCGGUGGCAUCAAAUUCGAUUAUCCCAAUUGCCACAAUGAUGGUCGCUGGGUAUUCCCCUUUGGAGACACAGGGAUUUGCAAUGAGGGUGAUAUGCACUGUGGCAAUGAUUGGAGCCUCGGUGGGCGUGACACUGACUGCACUUAUUUCAAACGAUGUCAGCACACAGCUACUUCAUACCCCCGACCGGAGUACUUAUUUGCUCGAAUCUCCAGAGAUAUGGAUGAGUGGCUAUCGGGCUGCAUUCUGGUUCUUGUUCUCGCUGAACUUGGUCGGCUUGGCCGUCACUUUUGGCUGCUUGCGAAAACUUGGAUACUUGGGUCGUAAAUUAGAUAUCGGCUGUUAA